AUUUUUCUUAUUGAUUGGUCCCAUGAAGAUGCAUCCUGUUGGAGAUGCUCUACGGAUGCACGUUUGUGGAAGGCGACCGGCACGUGGAUCGGCGCCCUAACACGGGCACCACUUGGAGUCUUGUGAAUAAUUAUGGACUCAAAUUGAUUGCAAAUUUUUGUUGGUAGCUUACCAAGCCGAAGCUAUAAACUCAGCUGAGCUGCUGUGUAGAAGAAACAAUCAGUGAAGCAUCAUCUCCUCUCGUCUAGGACAAAGCGUUGCGCGGCCGUGAUGGUUUAUCCGUUGCAUGGCAUCCAUGAGCUGCUGCUGCAACCGAGGUCUCCACAUGCAGCCCUAGGGCUGGUCUUUGUCCUGCUGGUCUGCCCUCUUCUUGUCCUCCUGGCCGUGCGCCGCCUCGCGACACCGUCGACGGCCGCGGCCACCGCGAGAGCCAGAGAAGAGCUGCUGAGCAGGCUGCCUUCUCCCAGCAGCAGGCUCCCCGUCAUCGGACACCUGCACCUCGUCGGCUCCCUCCCGCACAUCUCCCUCCGCGACCUCGCCGCCAAGCAUGGCCGGGACGGCCUCAUGCUCCUCCGACUCGGCGCCGUCCCGACGCUCGUCGUCUCGUCGCCGAGCGCUGCCCAGGCCGUGCUGCGCACGCACGACCACGUCUUCGCGUCCCGGCCCUACUCCCUCGUCAGCGAAAUCCUCUUGUACGGCCCCUCGGACGUCGCCUUCUGCCCCUACGGCGAGCACUGGCGGCAGGUCAAGAAGAUCUCCACCACGCAUCUUCUCACCAACAAGAAGGUCCGCUCCUACCGCCAUGCCCGCGAGCACGAGGUGAGAUUGGUUGUGGCAAAGAUCCACAAUGCAGCCUCAAAAUGCACCGCCGUCGACAUGAGUGAGCUUCUCAACACCUUCAGCAAUGACAUUGUGUGUCAUGCUGUGUCCGGCAAGCUUUUCAGGGAACGAGGCCAUAACAAACUCUUUCGAGAGCUCGUCGAGGCCAACUCAUUACUCCUAGGAGGAUUCAACCUAGUGGACUACUUCCCCAAGUUGGUGCAGAUGGACAUCAUCAAGAGGAUGGUUUGUGCUAAGGCCCAGAAGGUGAAGAAUAUGUGGGAUAACCUGCUCAAUAAUAUCAUCGAUGAGCAUGCAAACAAGUCGGUGCCAGAACACAACAACGAGGACAGCGACUUCACUGAUGUGUUGCUUUCUAUCCAACAAGAGUACAAACUCACAAGAGACCAUAUUAAGGCUCAGUUAGAGAGCAUGUUUGAAGCUGGCACAGAUACAUCAUUCAUAGUGUUGGAAUAUGCGAUGGUCCAGCUCAUGCAAAACCCCCACCUCAUGAACAAGCUACAAGCCGAGGUGAGGAGCACUAUAACCAAGGGGAAAGAAAUGAUUACCGAAGAUGAUCUCGAUAAUUUGGCAUACCUAAAGGCGGUCAUCAAAGAGACACUCAGGCUCCAUAUGCCUGGGCCACUCCUCAUACCCCACCUCUCCAUGGCCGAUUGUAACGUAAAUGGAUACAUGAUACCAUCAGGAAUACGUGUCGUCAUCAAUAGUUGGGCUCUUGCAAGGGACCCUGAUAGUUGGGAGCAUGCAGAUCAGUUCAUGCCUGAGCGCUUUAUGGAAUGUGGUAGCGCCGCAACUCUAGACUAUAAGGGAAACGACUUCUCAUACUUGCCAUUUGGGACUGGACGAAGGAGUUGCCCAGGUACCAACUUUGCGAUUGCAACCAUUGAAAUCAUGCUAGUGAAUCUCAUAUACCACUUCAACUGGAAGCUACCAAAAGAGUUGAUGGAAGGUGGCAUCAGUAUGACCGAAUUAUUUGGGAUGACGGUGCAUCGGAAGGAGAAGCUCCUUCUUGUUCCCGUAGUGCCACGACAAUAAAACAUUUGUCAAUUGUAUGGUGUGUGGCCUUUAGACUUCUUGUUAAGCACGAGUGUCAUCAAUAAUUGAAGAAACCAUUGCAUUAAAAAUUAUUAGCAUAUUCAUGAGUCGCAAAUAACACUACUACAUAAAUUCUCAUAUUUGAUGUUUGAUA